UGUGCUAACCCUCUGGGGAAAGAGAGAAAGUGACAGGAGAAGGAAGCAAAACUACACAAUCUAUCAAGGGAGAUCAGUGGAGCUAAUUCACGGCUUGAGAGAAAGAAGAGGGGAGAAAUCAUUUUAUUUUUGCUUUUCAGUCUCAUGCCUGCUUUCCCUCAUUACCCUUUCCCUUGUUUGUCCUAAACCUCUUUACUUGCAAUCUUUACGUGUUGCCUGUUCAAGCAUGCCCCCAAACGGAAUUAGUAGGGCCCUGAAGCUGCAGUUUGGCCUCAUAAACUAUGAGAACCGCUACCUGACGGCUGAGGCAUUCGGUUUCAAGGUGAACGCUUCAGGCAUCAGCAUGAAGAAGAAACAAAUCUGGACCUUAGAGCAUGACGAGCAAGAUGGCCAGGUAGUGUUUCUUCGCAGCCACCUGGGACGCUACCUGGCCUCCGACAAAGAUGGGAAGAUUACAUGUGGGGCAGAGAAGCCUGACCCUGAAUGCCGUUUCCUUAUUGUGCCGCAAUCUGAUGGUCGCUGGGCACUGCAAUCGGAGCCUUACCUGCGUUACUUUGGAGGCUCGGCUGACUACCUGUCCUGUUUUGCCCAAGCCAUUGGGGAACAGGAACUGUGGGCCGUCCAUUUGGCUUUGCACCCACAGGCCAGCCUGCUCAGUGUGGCACGUAAGCGCUAUGCUCAUCUGUCUGCUUCAGAUGGAGAGAUCUCAGUGGACAGCAACAUUCCUUGGGGAGUGGACUCCCUGGUCACCUUGGUAUACCUGGACGGCAAGUACAGCCUGAAGACCUGUGACAGCCGUUUCCUUAGCAAUGAUGGCAAACUGGUGAAGGAGAACAGCAAUGCUACUAGCUUUACAUUGGAGCUGAAAUCUGGCAAGCUGGCUUUUAAAGACUGUGAUGGGAAAUAUCUGACCCCAAUGGGUCCCACAGGGACACUGAAAUCUGGCCGAUGCUCCAAGCCUGGCAAAGAUGAGCUGUUUGAUCUUGAGGAGAGUCAUCCACAAGUAGUUUUUCAAGCUGCCAAUAAAAGAUUUGUCUCGGUCAAGCAAGGAGUCAGUAUUUCAGCCAAUCAGGAUGUGGAGACAGACAUGGAGACAUUUCAGAUGGAGAUUGAUAAGGAGAGCAAAAAGUCUAUGUUCAGGACCAAUGGCGGAUCCUACUGGACUCUAGUGACACAUGGAGAGAUCCAAUCCACUGCCACAGAAGUAGAGGUCAAUACAAUGUUUGACAUUGAGUGGCGAGGACAGAGGGUGGCACUCAAAGCAAGUAAUGGAAAGUAUGUGUGCACAAAGAAGAAUGGGCAGCUCUCAGCAGUCAGCGAUACAGUGGGUGAUGAUGAAUUAUUCCUGAUGAAACUCAUCAACCGCCCUAUGCUGAUUCUUAGUGGAGAGAAUGGAUUUGUGUGUCACCAUAAAAACUCCAACACUCUUAAUGCAAAUCGAUCUGUCUAUGACAUUUUCUCAUUGAUCUUCAACGAUGGCGCCUACAAUGUGAAAAGCGUGAAUGGAAAGUUCUGGUACGUCUCGAGCAGUGGCCUAGUGUGCUCAGAUGGAGAGAAGCCAGAGGACUUUUUCCUUGAGUUCCCGGAACAUGGACGCAUCGCCAUCAAGUGCUCCAGUGGCAAGUACCUUCGUGGUGACCAGGGAGGUACGCUUAUGGGUGAUGGUACAACUGUUGAUGCAUCUGCUCUUUGGGAGUACUGAUCCCUUUUAAUCAGGGCCCUCAAAGAGGGAACAAGAAGGUGGGGUGCAGCACCUGUUUCUAUCAGCUCAAAUGAUGCGGACUGCCCGGGUAACAUUUAUCCUGCCUGUUUUUAUACUAGCUGCAAGGUGCCCGAUGUUUUAUUUUGUUUUUUCUAAUUGGGAAGAAGUGAACGCUUGAGGACGAUACGCGUGGGUUUUCUUGUAAAUGUUAAAUGUUUUGUCUUUUAAAUGACAAUGCCAACAGCAAACAACACAUACUGGUUGAAAAUGUGUAAUUUCACAAAUACAGAUUAAGACACUGGAUGUCCCAAUUCUUUCAGACACACUUUGUUCAAUAUAGCUACAGUACCAUAUAUGUUUGAGUGCCACCACAUUGAUCAGUCACUGAACAGAGAAACAAAUAAAGGCAGUAUUCAGACCAAAUCAGGCGAUGUGUGUGGGGUGGACUGCUAGGGGUGUGUUUAUUUGUGCUGAAUGUAAUGAUUAUGAAAAAAUCAGGGAAAAAAUCAGCACUCCCUCAUUCUUCUUCUUCACGUCUUCCUUCUGUCACUAUUUUGCAGCAUGAGGCAGACUCAGAAGUAGAAGCUGGGUACAUGAAAUAAACUAAGAACACAACAGGAACUAUAUCAUAGUUUAGACAAUGCCAUCACAUUCAUAUUAGUGAUAUCUCAGGUUGCUGUCGCUGUUUUCUUUUUAACACCCCGUGCAGCCUACACCAAUACAGCCAAAACACAAUACCGCCGUUCAAAUGAAUGGAAAAACCUGUGUUUUCAUUGCAGUGCUGGUUUGGUCUGAAUUGGGACUGUGAAAGGGUGUUGCUGCCUUUGACACAUUUGUCUGUUUGGCCUAUUUAGAAAGCAUGGCAACAAAUGAACACUUACUUCUUCUGUUGCUGCUAAAUUCCACUACCUCUGAUAAGAUGUCUGCCAAUUUAUCUCACUGGCAAAACUGAUACGAAUCUGGCAGUGAAAGACACAUUAGUCACGAACAACAAUCACACUGCAAAUCAAUCAAUCACUGCAUCCUUUGGUUUACUUAACAUCUGUUACUUCUGUCAACAACCCCCACCACAUUUGUUUACAGCUUUUAAAUGAUUUCAAUACUUGGACAUGUUCUAAGAGAACAAUUUGAUCACUCUAAGCACCAACACAAUGCACCAUUGUCUUCAAAGACAUGAUUUGCUGGUGCCAAUGGUGUUUUCAUUUAUCUUAAUGGACCAUUUACGGCUUCCAUAAAAGCACAAUAUGAAGCAAAUGAAGUGGACUGGAGUAAAUAGACUGUACUGUCUGAGGAGCCUCUGCAAUGCUGAGCAAUACACAUCUAGAGAGUACCUAAUUCAGCAUAAGUGCAUACAUCUCUUACUAUAGUUGUGUAACACAUAUACAAUUACAGAGAUCUGUCAUAUUCAGGAACAACACAUCAGUAGAAAUGUCAUAUAUCCAUAUCAGGGACAAGCAAGAAACCAAAGGGGCACCACAUUUGAAGCAUUUAUACAUAAAUGUUUUGCCUAGGGGCCUUAAACCAUACUGCACUCUAUAUCCUGUUGUACCCAUUUCUCAUAUUCAGAGUUGGGUGGUAAAAUUAUAAGAAAGCUCAAUAGGCUAUUACAACCAUGUUGUCCUAUAAAAAUGUGAAUUCAAAUCUUAAUAUGAUGCUGGUUUCUUGUACAUUUGCCAACAGUCGGAUGAGAGGAUGCCACAAAUUUUAUUUGUGAAAUGAAUGCUAUGUGCCCAGCUGUUGUUAGUCAAACCCAGCUACAAUGUGUCAGCAAACUUCUCCUUUAGACAGCUUUGGAGUUGUUGGAAAACAUGUUACAGCGCUGGGUUAUCUGCCUUCUCUCUGCUGCCAGAACAUCCCACUGUAACUAAAUCUUCUCAUCUAACUUUGGAUGUUGGAUGUGAUAGCAAACAACUGUAUUUCCCAAAAUGCUGGAGUUUUCCUCUAGGUAACUCACCCAACACUGCUUUGUAAAAUGUGAACAGUAGCUUCUAGUAUACCCUUAGGCAGCACACCUCUUUUAAAGGGGAACUUUGUAUUGACGACAGACUCUUGACACCCAUCAAAUCGCUAAGGGCACAAGCUGCCCAGAAUUUAUUGGUCCAAAUGUUGGUGUGCAGCACAGAGGACAACCUGAACCUGUAUACAAUGUAUCCUGUAGAUUUUUGAAAGUUAUUUCCCAGAAUGAAAUAAAAUCUGCAGUAGUUCAAGUAUGAUGUCUAAACCAAUGGUUUUGUGAUGUGUGCAAUUCACAAUAAAUAGAAACAUGUUAGAAAACAAGGUCUAAAAGGCUUGGUCACCUAUGCAUCCUGUAUCCGCUCUAUAGAGAGCCUCCAGGAAUAUUUUAGUAUGUAUUCUAAUCUAAAUAUAGAUGUUUCACUAUCUUUGUUUUCUUUUUUUGAAAAUGUUGAUAACAAU